UUCCUCCUCUGCAGAAUCAGGGUAUUGCUCAUGAUUUGGUUUUCCAGCUCUUGUGCUCAAUGAGUCCCUGAGGCCAAUCAUGACAUCUUUGUAAGGGACAAGGAAAAACCGUAGACGAUUAAUAGUGCAAUCCCUGACCAGAGCUCACAUGAGAAAGCAAGAAGCUCCUGCGUAGUCAGGGUGCGUGCAUGCACACACACACACACACACAGAGCCACAGCAGUAGGGAGGAUGGUGGCGGUGGUGAGGGGAUGGACUCCACUCCUGCUCGAUCAGCAUCAGAGGCCCUCUUCUUCAGGUCCUGAAGAAAUGAAAGGUUCCGUUAUGGAGCGACUUCAUGGGAAAGUCAUCAUCCUCACAGCCGCUGCUCAGGGGAUCGGCCGGGCGGCUGCCUUAGCUUUUGCAAGAGAAGGUGCCAAAGUCAUAGCCACAGAUAUCAAUGAGUCCAAACUGCAGGAACUGGAAAAGUACCCAGGUAUUCAAACGCGGGCUCUUGAUGUCACGAAGAAAAAACAAAUUGAUCAGUUUGCCAAAGAAGUUGAGAAACUUGAUGUUCUCUUUAAUGUUGCUGGGUUUGUCCACCAUGGAACCAUCCUGGACUGCGAAGAGAAGGACUGGGACUUCUCGAUGAACCUCAAUGUCCGCAGCAUGUACCUGAUGAUCAAGGCAUUUCUUCCCAAAAUGCUUGCUCAGAAAUCUGGCAACAUUAUCAACAUGUCCUCUGUGGCUUCCAGCAUCAAAGGAGUGGUGAACAGAUGUGUGUACAGCACAACCAAGGCAGCCGUGAUUGGCCUCACCAAGGCCGUGGCUGCAGACUUCAUCCAGCAGGGCAUCAGGUGCAACUGCGUGUGUCCAGGAACAGUUGAUACCCCAUCUCUACAAGAAAGAAUACAAGCCAGGCCAAAUCCUGAAGCGGCACUGAGUGAUUUUCUGAAGAGACAGAAGACUGGAAGAUUUGCAACUGCAGAAGAAAUAGCCCUGCUUUGUGUGUAUUUGGCUUCUGAUGAAUCUGCCUACAUGACAGGCAAUCCUGUCAUCAUCGAUGGAGGCUGGAGCUUGUGAUUUCAGGAUCUCCUCACUGGGAAGGCAGGCCCUUCCUACCCACGGUGAAGCUGGUUGUGCAGAAAACUCACCAUUAUGUCCUUCUUGUUAAUCAUAUAGGAAUGAAAACAAGCCCUUUCUAAUGAUGUCAUGGCUCACAAGUCCAGUUCUUUAAAUAUAUUAAUCUCUUUCUAAUCUCCUCUACAAUCAUUGUAGAUGACCUAAAAGAUAAUGAACUCACUGCAAAUGGGUAGUUUUAAAAAUAAACUGCAAGUUAUAAGCAUAUAACAUAAAAUGUCACUAUGAAGGAAAAGGAGGGUUUUUUUAAAAAAGGUAUUCAUUUCUAUUUUACCUCUAUUUCCCAAUAUUCAAGUAUUUUAUACAGUUUUGCAUUUGUUAGUAUAUGGGAACUAAGUUUAAAAUCUUAUACCUUUGUAAAUGAAUACCAAGGGUAAGAAGUAGUUUGACUUCAAUAACUUACAUUAAAAGGAGUUUAGUCAGAACUAUUGUGAUCUGUUACAUAAAACAAAAAUAAUGAGCAGGUAUUUAUACUUACCGGAUAUCAUCACUUACAGUUAAGUACUGUUUUCUUACAAUUUAACUUCUUGCUCUAACUAAAAAAUCCUUAUUAAAAUAAGCAACGAUAUAUAUUUUUUUAUUUUAUUUUAAUCAUUGUUCAAGUACAGUUUUCUCCCUUUUACUCCCAAUCCAGCCCACCCACCAACCCUCCCCUCUUCCCUCCCAUU